AUGGGCGACCCAUCAGGUGAAAUCCCAAUGCCAUUGGGACAUCGGAGACACAGCAUUCAAGUACAACAUGAUUUUGUCGGCCAAGUUCCUGAAUAUCAUCGGAAACGAUCUUUCAGCUUCGCGCAGCCCAAACUGCAUGACCAACCGGAUGGCGUCGAUAUUGGAACAAGCUUAAGUGAAUUUUGGGCUGGCAUUGCCGUCCAAGAAGAGAACAGCACGACACUCAAAGUUGGCAUAGCCAUUCAUGAUGGUACAUACAGUGUCGACUUUGCCAUCCAUCGCAUCUCGCUGGAAGACAAACCAGAGAAUGAGGACGGAGCAGACUGGGCCGUUGAUCACAUCAUUACAGAACUAAAACAGUACAGGAAAGACCAUCUCUGCAAGCUACUCGGUGCUGGUAUCACUCCUGAACUUCAUCACAAGGCGCCCAAUCUAUGUUCCAGGCUGUGGGCAGAGCUGGAUAUCGUUCCCAUUGUUCUGCCAUCUGCUGAGCUCCUGCCUGGGAAACGCGUACGGAAUCAAGGGCGAAUCAACGUUGACGAGUUGGCAGACUCUAACGCGAGAAAAUGCUUAUCGUACUUUGGACCCACGAAACAGCCCCGUCUGUCCAUCAACUACCAGAAUCAAGUGGAAGUGGAUCUGGGUGGCAUGAUCCAGCUAGCCACGCUCAAUGAUUACGAGAAGUCGGUUCGGCCACCAACCUGGAGAGCCGUACAAAAGCACAUCAAAGCAGUCAAAGACAAAAACCUCCGGAUUGCCUUCUUCAGUGCUACUCCGCAAGGGGGGGGAGUCGCCCUGAUGCGUCAUGCUUUGGUCAGAUUCCUUACUCAGCAAGGUGUGAAUGUUGAAUGGUUCGUGCCUAAACCGAGACCGGACGUCUUCCGCAUCACGAAGACCAACCAUAACAUCUUGCAGGGGGCCGUUCCCCCAGAUGUCCGCACCUCCGAUGAGUCAAUGGGUAAGAUCAAAGAAUGGAUCAAAGACAACGCCGAACGUUUCUGGCUUUCAGACGAGGGAGGGCCUCUGAAAGCCCCUGCUCAAGGCGGCGCCGAUGUCAUCAUCAUCGACGAUCCCCAGAUGCCAGAAUUGAUCCCCAUAGCCAAAAGAGAGGCUCCUGAUCGUCCGAUCAUCUUUCGAUGUCAUAUUGAAGUUCGAGAUGACCUGGUCUUGGAGGAUGGAAGUGCUGCCCAAAUGGUCUGGCAGACCAUGUGGUCGAGUAUCAAGCAAGCCGAUGUCUUUCUGAGUCAUCCAGUGCGAUCAUUUGUGCCUCCUGACGUGAGGUUGGAAACAUUGGGUUGGCUCCCGGCUACCACAGACUGGCUUGAUGGCUUGAACAAAGACAUGGACAGCUGGGAUGAAUCAUACUAUAUGCAUAUUCUCCGACAGACUUGUCAAGCCCAGGGACUUCCUCAAUUGCAGUAUCCAAACCGUGGCUACUUCACCCAAAUUGCUCGAUUCGACCCGUCAAAGGGCAUCCCCGAUGUCAUCCAGAGCUAUGCCAGGUUUCGCGAAUUGAUGGCCGACGAACCAAAGAGAAAUGUCCACCAAUUGGUACUCUGUGGUCAUGGUUCCGUCGACGAUCCCGACGGAAGUUUGAUUUAUGAUCAGACAAUGGACGAUAUCCAUAAAAAUCAUCCUGACCUGGCGGAUGAUAUUAUCGUCCUUCGCCUCGGGCCCAGCGACCAGAUACUAAAUGCGGUCAUGUCACUAUGUACCGUGGCUCUGCAGCUUUCGACAAGAGAGGGCUUUGAGGUCAAGGUUUCGGAAGCUCUUCAUAAGGGCAAACCUAUAAUCGCAACGCUUGCAGGGGGCAUUCCUCUCCAGGUCGAACAUGGCAAGAGUGGUUUCCUGGUGGAAAGAGGCGAUCACGAGGCUGUAGCCAAACACCUGUACGACCUCGUCAUGGAUGGCGACCUCUACGACACCAUGAGCGAGUAUGCCAGGACCCAUGUCAGCGAUGAAGUGCAUACGGUCGGGAAUGCCCUGAGCUGGAUGUAUCUUGCGUCGUCCUUGUCUGGCGGCAACACACUGAAACCGAACCAAAGGUGGAUCAACGAUCUGGCUCGUGAAGCAGCCAAUGAGCCAUAUCAAGACGAGGAACCACGUUUGCCUCGACAUCUUUCGACAUAG